CUCCCCACUCUCCUCCUCUUCCUCGUGCUUUUCCUUCCCCUCCCUCACUCACUCAUUCCCGUCAUCUUUCCCUUCCUCUUUCUUCUAUUACUUUUGGAAUUUCCCCGCCCCUCUCUCCCCUCCCCCUCCUCCCCUCCCCCCCCUUUCUGUCUUCCGAUCACAUCCAGAAUCGAACCACCCACACCCUCACCCGUAUCUCGGGUUUCUAUCGAUUUCCCUUAGUUCACCCCCGGUUAUUCCUACCGCACCAUGGACGGGGACGAGCUCAUCGCCUCGGUCUAUCGCAAGAUCGAGCGGGAGAAGGCUCUCAUCGCCGCCGCGUCGAACAUGCGACAGUCGACCGACAAUCCCCUCGUCCAGCAACGCGUGGAUGCGAACAUUCGCGAUGGCCGGAAGAACAUCGCCUAUCUCGAGGAGAAGAUGCGGGAGUUGCAGUUGCGGCAAGAAGGAGGCCAGGCUUCCCCGACCGAUCGACGUAUCCCCUCGGGUGAUGGUGGCCCUGUCCCGCCGCAGAAGGAUUACGGCAAUGAGUAUGGCGAAGGCUCCGCACAAUACCCGCAAGGAGGAUCAGGGUCCAUGCCGUCAGGUGCCCCAUACGCAGACCCUCGCCCUUUUGCUCCCGUGCCCAAGGCUCGUCCCAAUUACACCAAGCUCGACUUGAUCAAAUAUGACACUCAGUACCUGGGACCCAAGAUCCAGCUUAUGCUGUCCCAGCUGGAAUUCAAAUUGAGUGUAGAGAAGCAGUACAAAGCGGGUAUUGAGAAGAUGGUUCGCCUGUAUCAGGAUGAGGGGGAUCGCAAGAGUCGCGCCGAUGCUGAAGGCCGGCGGAUUGAGAGUAACCAGAAGAUCCAGUUGCUGAAGCAGGCCCUGAAGCGAUAUGAGGAUCUCCACGUCGACAUCGAGUCAGCAGACAGCCCUGAUGAUGAGAGCUUAAGCACCCCGAACCUGCGUAAGCCGCUCACAGGUCUGCUCACCAUGCGCAUCCAUGCCGUGCAAGAUGUAGAUCACGCCGCCAGCUCCAGAUUUUCCCGAGGCCCCGAAACCUUCGUCGUUCUGAAAGUGGAGGACACCAUUAAAGCGCGCACCAAGGCGACCCGGACCGAUAGAUGGCAGGAUGAAACCUUCAACCUGGAUAUCGACAAGGCGAACGAAAUCGAGCUCACCGUAUACGAUAAGUCGGGAGAUCGGCCGACCCCGAUUGGCAUGCUGUGGGUACGCAUCUCGGACAUUGCGGAGGAGAUGCGUCGGAAGAAGAUCGAGACGGAGUUUAAUGCAUCGGGCUGGGUGUCUGCGGACAAGAUGGGACAUGGAGGACAAUCCGGACGGCCCGAUACCGCUGGAGGAAUGGGCUCAUCCCAUCAAGCUGGCCCAGGAGGCCCGGCCGGGGCGGGCGCUCCGGGUGGUGCGUCUGGCGCACCGGGUGCCGGCCAGGUGAUAAUUGAUUCUUGGUUUGCGUUGGAACCAGUUGGUCGUAUUCAACUGUCGAUGAGCUUCGCCAAGCAACUCAAGGACCGACGCCCGUUCGACAUUGGUCUCAACCGUCAAGGUGCUGUGCGCCAGAAGAAGGAGGAGGUGCACGAGAAGCAAGGCCACAAGUUCGUUACCCAGCAGUUCUACAACAUCAUGCGCUGCGCUCUUUGCGGCGAUUUCCUGAAAUAUGCUGCGGGCAUGCAGUGCGCCGACUGCAAGUACACCUGUCAUAAGAAGUGCUAUCCCAAGGUCGUCACCAAGUGUAUCAGCAAAGCAAACUAUGAGACGGACCCAGACGAAGAAAAAAUCAACCACCGGAUUCCGCACCGUUUCGAAGGCUUCUCCAAUCUGUCGGCCAACUGGUGUUGCCACUGUGGUUACUUGCUGCCUUUUGGACGCAAAAACGCCAAACGAUGCACCGAGUGUGGUCUCACGAGUCACGCCCACUGUACUCAUCUUGUACCCGACUUCUGUGGCAUGUCCAUGGAAGCAGCCAACCAGAUUUUGGAAACCCUUAUCCGCGCUAAGGUUCAUAACAAAUCUCCCUCGGUCAGCUCGGCCAGUGGCCUCAGCAACCGCACGUUGCGCGCUCCUCAGACGCCGCAGGAGAAUACCUCCAUGGCGUACCCGUCCAAGCCUGUCGAGCAGUACGAGCCAGCACGGCCGCCUGCGCCCGAAGCCGUGAGCGCUGCAUCCAUGUCGUAUAAGCCUCCGCAGUCUCCCACCAGCCCACAAGGCGCCCAGACAUCUCCCAGGACAUCGGGUUCCGCCGGUCUUGCAAGUCAUGCCGCCGCGGCGGCAGCCAACACUCGUCCUCCCCAGUCGAUGCCAGAGCCAAACCGUCCUGUGCAGCAGCAGCAGCAGCAGCAGCAGCAGCCACCCCAGCAUGCCCGCUACGAUCCCUCUGCUUACCCUAUGUUCGAAGGAGGGGGCGUGCCGCAUCAGCAGAUGCAGAACGUCGGUGCCCCUGCGCCAUAUGGCGUUCAACAGCCCCCACCGCCGCAACAAAGUAUGGCUUUGGCUCAGAAGCAAGCACCCGAAGCACCUCAGCAACAACCUAAGGCUAGAAUCGGACUCGACCAUUUUAAUUUCCUGGCAGUUCUGGGUAAGGGUAACUUCGGUAAGGUCAUGCUUGCCGAGACCAAGAGCACCAAGAAGCUUUACGCCAUCAAAGUUUUGAAGAAGGAGUUCAUUAUCGAGAAUGACGAAGUCGAGAGCACCAAGUCUGAGAAGCGGGUCUUCUUGAUUGCCAACAAAGAGCGACACCCAUUCCUCCUUAGCCUUCACGCGUGUUUCCAGACCGAGACCCGCGUGUACUUCGUGAUGGAGUAUAUCAGUGGUGGUGAUCUGAUGCUCCACAUUCAGCGCGGCCAGUUCGGUCUCAAGAGGGCACAGUUCUAUGCUUCCGAGGUCUUGCUUGCCUUGAAGUAUUUCCACGAGAACGGUGUCAUUUACCGUGAUUUGAAGCUUGAUAACAUUCUCUUGACUCUGGAUGGUCAUAUCAAGAUUGGCGAUUAUGGUCUUUGCAAGGAAAACAUGUGGUAUGGCGCAACGACGAGCACCUUCUGUGGUACGCCCGAAUUCAUGGCGCCCGAGGUAAGAUACUCCACCCCUUUACCUCCCCGUUGAGCCGUGUCUAAUGCUCCGAAACAGAUUCUUUUGGACAAGAAGUACGGACGUGCCGUCGAUUGGUGGGCAUUCGGUGUCCUCAUCUACCAGAUGCUUCUUCAACAAUCUCCCUUCCGUGGUGAGGACGAAGACGAAAUCUACGAUGCCAUUCUUGCCGAUGAGCCGCUUUACCCCAUCCACAUGCCCCGCGACUCGGUCUCUAUUCUGCAGAAGCUGCUUACUCGUGAGCCUGAGCUGAGACUGGGCUCUGGUCCUACGGAUGCCCAGGAAGUCAUGUCCCAUGCAUUCUUCCGGAACAUCAACUGGGACGAUAUCUACC